CGGGUAACUAAAAGUGCGCCAUUUUGACGUUGUGUUCGAGUGCGUGUUUCUUGGUGAAGGAAGACUCGUAUGAAUAUGUCAUGGAUAUCUUACUGGAAAGGAUCGGGUCGCUGUUAGUAGGGUUCCAUUGACGAAUCUAUCAGACCGGUCGUGUUUCUUUUUUACGAAUCUAAACGGAAUCUCGAAAUUCACCAUCUGAAAAUCUGAGAGGAAGAUGUGGCAUGAAGCAAGGAGGUCGGAGAAAAAAGUCCACGACAUGAUGGACGCCGCGCGGAAGAGAGCGCAGCGCCGUGCUAUCUAUCUUGCUAAGCGGCGGGGAGACCCCCAGCAAUCUAUCCAAUCCGUCGGUACCCGAUGUCGCAUCUAUCGUGAUGAUGCCCUCUAUCAAGCCACGGAGGAUCAGCAGGGCCUGAUACCUUGGAAUGGCAAGCAGGACAUUCUAAUAGACAGAUUUGAUGGACGUGCUCUUCUUGAUUUCAUCCGGGGUACCAGUUCACGGAAUAUUCAUGCUCCGCAAAGAACUGAAGAGGAAGAAGAACUAGAAGAGUUUGUUAAUUUUGAGCGUUACCGGGACUUAAUUAAGCAUCGGCGCAGAGGAUUCAAUGAUGCGGACGGUUUACAACACGUUAACCUAGAGCUGGAGGCUAAGAUUGCUGCUCAAUUUGGUGCAGACAGAUCUCAAGUAACACAGCCUUCAACAAACAAGGGAUCUUAUUCCCAAGUGGGGUUCUCUUAUGAUGGAGAUGUAAAAGACGAGGCUCAUUAUUCAGAUGCGGAGGAAGAUGGUGAUGAUGAAGAGGAAGAAGAAGAUGAUUUUAAUAGUGAUGAUAGCAAUGAUGAAGCAAUGGAGUCGGUUGCUAAAGAAUUUGGAGUGAAGAGAUAUGGCUGGCUAGUCUACAUGGAUAAAAAGGCAAAAGAGGAGGAAAGGAGACAAAAAGAAGUUAUAAAGGGGGAUCCUGCCAUUAGGAAACUGAGUCGAAAAGAGAGAAGAAAAGCUUCACAGCUCGAAAGAGAAAAGGAAAGAGAAGCUGCUCGUUUUACUGGCAUUAGACAUUCCCAUCACGAUCCAUAUCGUGAGUCUAGACGAAGUCCAACAUACGAAGCUUAUUCACGCUCUAGAAGUUCCAGGUCCAAGUCUCGGUCAAGGUCUCCCUCACACUCCCGGCGUUAUAGUCGUGGAACUCAAUAUGAUGAUGUGGAGCUGGGAAGAGUUCCAAAGAUAGAGUACAUAACUGAGUUUGGGGGUUCAGAUAAUGAAAAUGAGCCUAAAUUUGAAGGAUAUUCUCCACCUCGGAGUCCUCGAUCUCAAGCUGAUGAUUCACUAAACCGGCCAUCAUCUGGUCUCAUUCUUGAAGCUCUUCAUGUAGAUCCUGCAUCAGGGGUUUCUGUUGAUAAGGAAAAGAAUAUCAAAUUACACAAAACACCAAUAAGCUCAACAUCUGCAGUAGCAAAAUUAUGCAAGACCCCAACUAGCUCAAUCCUCUCUAAACAACAGGGAGAAAAGAAGGAAACUCCUCAGGAACGGCUCAAGCGAAUCAUGAGCAAGCAGCUGAACAAACAAAUCAAGAAAGAUACAGCUAUUGAAACGGCUAAGAAGCGAGAACAAGAAAGACUGAGGCUUGAAAAACUUGCAGAAACAAAUAGAUUAAGUCGACAUCGUCAUCGAAGCCGCAGUAGAAGUUACAGUCGGUCCCCUCCAAGAAGAUACCGCCGCAGCCGCAGCCGCAGCCGCAGCCGCAGCCGCAGCCGCAGCCGCAGCCGCAGCCGCAGCCGUAGCAGGGGUCGGAGUUCACGAAAGUCCCGCUCAAGGUCAAACUCAAGGUCAAGGUCUCCUGGUCGUUCACACUCCUAUUCCCGAUCUCGUUCACCUCGGGUUAGGAGGAGGUCAAGAUAUUGAUAUAGUUGCUGCAAUGUUGUGGCAUAAUUCAUCUGUCUUACAUUGGUGUCACGUAGGAUAAAAACUUGAUUUUUGUUGUAAUUUUUGUUGUGAAAUACUGAAAUGUAUUUACCAAAUUUGCAAAGCUCUAUGUAGACUGCAAGCUUAAUUGAGUUCUCCUGGAUAAUGUCUGCAAUUACUGGGUGUUGCAAAACAUGAUUUACUUUCAGGUUUUUAACUUCCAAGCUAAAUAUAAAUUGAGAUUCCCCUUAAAAUA